AUGCCCGACUUCUUCCCCUUCAUCCCGGGCAGCGAGACCAGCCGCACGGCGCGCCAGCACGCCUCGGACUCGUCGCCGCUGCUGGGCCGCUUCCGCGCCGUGCCGCGCACCUCGCACCGCCAGCGCUCGUCGCAGCAUCUGCGCGGCCUGCUCGCCGCCGGCGGCGGCCGCGGCAGCGUGCAUGUCGGCUACGGAGCCCUGGUGACGGCCAGCCUUGACUCGGAAUCGGACGACGGCGGCUCCGACUACUACGACAGCGACGAAGAUGACGACCACUGGUGGGAUCGCGCCGCCCGCGCCGUGGGACGCAACGUCAGGGACCUGUGGGUUGCGCCACGGCAGGGUGCAGUCCGGAAGGUCGUCGAGAGCUGGUGGAGGAGGUGGGGGAUGCUUGUCUUCUUGCCGGCUGGCCUGGCAGUGGCAUGGUGUGCCAUCCCCUUUCCGCAGUAUCCGCUGAACCCCGAUGAUUCGGAUCGCAACCCUGGAAGCCAACGGGACCACAGAGCCCCAGGUCACGGUUCGGCGCGGGUGCAGGUCAACUUCUGGUUCUUCCUGUUUGUCUACUACGGCUUCUACAACCUGACAGCCUUGAUAUGGAUCACCAAAGUCUUCAACCUGUACAGCUUGAACUGGUGGCCGUCGACGCUGGGCUUCCCGCUCACCGUGUCCAUGAUCGCGAUGUUGAGCAUUGCUGCCCCUAUCCCUGUCUACAUGGUGCCUGAGCUCAACUUUCUGACAAUCCACAACACGGCGUGGAUCUCUUGGACCUUCAUCAUCAUGGCGAUGCCAGUGGCGAUCGCCUUCUGCAUUAUGAUGCUGCACGAGCGACACCUGGGGCUGCGGCAGUCUCUAUCCGACACCCAACGCAUCUUUACCUCGUCGUGGUGGACCGGCGAACCCGACUCUGUCUCCUCGCGGCCUAAUCGCCGGCGUGCUGGCCUCAGCAGCAGCUCGUUUGACCCAGACUCCAUCUUGCAGACAUCGCCACCAGCCCGGGGUAGGAUACCGGCUGUGGUGCGCCGCAACUGGCUUCCUGCCAGCUUUGUGCGCUUCGUGUGGUUCUGUCUGGCGCUCACCGUCGGUCUUCUCGCCUACCUGAUAGGAGAGGCGUACGCCGAGAUUUACCUUCGCACACUGCCGCAUAACAACCUGGAGACCAUUGUGUACGUCUAUAGCUGGGUAGUGACGGUCCACCUGCUGGAUGCCUUGACGGGUUGGAUCUUGGGCGCCAGCGAAGGCGAGAGAGUAGGAAGCUACCCCUUAAGCUGGAUCUUCAAAUUAUAUUUCAUGCUGACCUACCAAACCUACGUUCGCGCCUUAUACGCGCGCCUUCGCUCGCCGACGCAGUUCAUCAUGCUGCAGAUCCUCUCGUCCAGCUCGCUCAUCAUCCUGGUCCCCAUCACCAUGUCGAGCACCUACCACCGGAUCCUGGGUUUCCUCGGCCUGACGACACAGUCCUAUGCGUCGUACCAGAAGCUGCGCAUCCGCGACGUCUUCAUCCGCUUCCUCGCCGAGAACGUGAGCAUGCUGACGUUCCUGGGGAGCAUCCUGGUGCUCCACUUUGGCGCAAACAAGGACGUCUAUCCGUACUUUGCCUUUGACGAGACGGGCGACGAGCGCUCGUACGAUUUCGGGCUCACCUUCUACGCGUCGGGCAUCACUUGGGCCUGCGAGCUGAUCGCGGGGAUCGUGCUUAGGGGGCUAAUCCGGUGGAUCUACGGCGUGAAUGCAAGUGUGGAGGGGAAGCUCGACCUCGCGGUCUGGCCCGAGCUGCUGCCCACAAGCGUAGCGGUGAUGCUGCAUGUGUUGCAGAACAUGCUGUUCUCCAUCAUCCGGUUACAUUUCCAUUGA